GAACAAAAAGACUUGGAUUGCGCGGCCCAAGUGUUGUCUUGGAACAAACGGCUAAUGUUGACGCUGGGCCUCUGGCCUUUUCGACCCAAUGAUUUUAUCUUCUCGAUUAACUUCGGCUACUUCAGUUUCCUCAUGAUUCUGGAGUAUCUGGACCUCUUUCUCUACAUCGGUGAUCUCGAGCACGUGAUCAUGAAUUUGACGGAGAACAUGGCGUUUUCGCAGAUAUUCGUACGAAUGACCAUGCUACGGUUGUACAACGAUCAAAUUGGCGAGGUCAUAACGGAGGCCAUGAAAGAUUUCGAUAGGACGAGUUACAAAAAUGUCGAGGAGAUGAAGAUAUUCUUGACCUACAACGCCAGGUCUAAGAUCUUCGUCAAACUGUUGAUGACGUUCGUCGCACUGACGGCUUCAUCGUACUAUUUAACUCCAAUUAUUAUUAUCCUCGGAAGUGGUGGUGAGUUAUUCCUUUACAUAUAUAACUUAAUCCCGGCGUAUCGAGGAGAAUUACGCGAAUGAGGCGAAACAUAUGCAUAUAUGAAGAAAUAAAACCUCGACGUAGAUAUACAAGGCUGUUUCGCAUUUUUAUCAUUACGUGAUUUUGCAUAACAUGUUUUCAUAUUUUAUGAAAGAAAUAGAGGUGUGCGAAUCAAGCAUUUGCA